AUGAGCGACGAGUUCAAUGUGGCUAACCGCAGUUUCCGACCGGGUGACGAUCACAUGUGGACUUCUCUUGAAAAGCCCGACGGUGUCAAUGGUGCACUUGAGCUUUACUCUCACAACAUGACCUCGACCAAAUGCGACGACGACGGUACCUGCUACUUCUACAUUGAGACCAUCGACGAAGUGAACGUUAUUCACGUCUACAACAUGUACACGCAUCCUCCAAGUUUCGAGGACGUCUACUUCUGGUAUCGUGGCGCAAUGGUACAGUCGUGGAACAAGUUCUGUUACCAAGGCGGCAUGUUGGAAGUACGAGCUCAACUUCCAGGGGUGACGGACCCGGAUUCAGGCAACCCGGAUGUUGCACUCGGAGAGGACGGUAAGGUCCAAAACACAAAGUAUUAUCCGACAUGGCCCGGUAUUUGGAUGCUGGGUAACCUCGGGCGCGCCAUUUUCUCGGCGUCGACGAACCGGAUGUGGCCCUAUUCGUACAAUGAAUGUGACGCCGACGUCUUUGAUCCAAGUUUCCAGCGUAUCAGCGCGUGUGACAGUAAUCCAGGCUACGGUCUCAACCCGAAUCAAGGUCGCGGGGCUCCCGAGAUCGACGUGCUCGAAGGUGGUGGGUUGGCUAUCUCGUCUUCACUUCAGAUCGCUCCCGGUAUGCCCGAUGACUAUCGUCUCUUUCCUGUGGACACGUCUACCGGAGACUUCAGCUUUUGUUUGUACAGCUACAAUUGUCUGACACCCGGUGCUAACUACAUCGACGUUCCGGCAUCGUACUAUGAGCAAGAGCGCGGCCACAAAUCGUGGUAUCAAGGUCUUCGCUAUGCUGCCAACAAUUAUUGUGACCAGAAUGCAGAAGAAGUACAAGACUAUGACACGGUCGCUGCGUCCGUUAAGAAAGGUGUCACCGAGAACACGUGCGCUGUCGAUACCUGUCCUGCUUCUGGCGAUGUCAACGCUGACCUAAGCUUCAUCGAUGGAGGGAAGAACCACUGGGGUAUCAACUCCAACGGCACGUGUUAUCCACUCAUGAACUCGUACUUGGGGUCGUACUUGUGUGACCCGGACAACACGUUUUCCAAGUGCGCCAGUCCUCGUAAUGAGACCUCGACGCCCAAGUCGAAUGCCAUGAAACCUUUCAACUACCAGAUGGACGCUAUCUCUUCCAACUGGCCGAUCCAUUUCGGUGCAUACACAGGUUUCUAUGACUACCAGGUGGAGUGGGUUACUGGUGAGAAUGGCUACGUUCGAUGGUUGCUACAUGGCGAGCCGUUGUUCGAGGUCACGACUGAAUCGGUCGUCAACGUACCACAGAAUGCGAACAAGACGAACCCGAAGAAGAUUAUGAUUGAGGAACCUUUGUACGUGAUCUUCAACGUGGCUCUAUCGAGUUCGUGGGGUACGACGCCUCCGAACCCGGGCCAGGAGUGUCGCGGUGACGGCAAAGACAACACGACGAACAUUAUCUGCGACUCUUUCCCAAUCCGACAACUACAUGCACGUUGGCUGUGA